AUGUCUGUGUACCACGUGCACGCCUGGUGCCCGAGACAGGGUCUCAUGUCCGCUGGCCUGGAACUGGGAGCUCAGUUCCGGUGUUGCGAGUCCCCGCCUAGAGACGCGCGAGAUGGAGAGCGCGUGCUCGGGUUGUCCCAGUCUCGUGCUCCCGGUGUCCGGAGUGUAGGGACUCGGUGUCUCUAGACUGCGGAGAACCUCAGGCUGUGGACUUCGCGGGAAGAGUCACCCCCUCGAGAUCGGGGGGACUGGAGUGGAGAGUAAAGCCACUCCGCGGUUGUUCAGUUGGCGACCGAGCCCGGAUUGCUUAACGCUACCUCUUCGUGCUCCCCGUACAGAGAGGGACCCUUUCGGGCCAGGGAGCUUAUUUUAAUUCAGACGGGGAAAAGACAGCUGUGCAACUUCGGGCACUUUAAUAGUAACUGGGCAAUCCCUGUCAGCGAGAUGGUGGGCAAGUUCUCUGGCCAGAUCCUGACGAGUUCCUCUAGUAAGAGUUUUCUGCUGCAGAGGUCAGGUUGGGACUAUAUAUUACUGAUGAAACGAAGAUUUACCUUGGAUGGGAUUUGCACCUGUGAACUUGCUCUCUCGUGUGAACAGAUAAGCAAGGUAAUCAGAGAUUGGCUGGUUUGCCUUACAAAGCAGAGAAGUAGAAUUCUGCCUCUAAAAGUCAGACCAAGAAUCAACACAAAUUUACAAUUACAUUCUCAAAAGAAAAUUGGAGUUGGAAAUGAAGAGUUUCAAGAGGAGAACCAUGGUGAGCUCCAGUUUUAUUUUAUGCUUGCAUAUUCAAUAGUUGAGAAAGGUCAAACCACAGCUGAACUGAGAUACCUCAGAUGA